AGAGGUAAAGUUGCUCUAAGCCUGCUCGUGACUGUUAAACCACAAGGCAAGAAGCAAAAGCCCCUGAAUAUAUUUGUGAGUCACGGACCAGCCCAGAUGCUUCCUGUUUUAAUGCCCUUCCAAAUUUAACACACAGCCACUAGUAGAAAUAACCUGACAGGUUAAUGGACCGCUGUCAUUCUCCUCAAAAAUGUUUGUUACCUUAAGGUUCCCUUAACCCCAGUGUCUCCUCAGGGUCUGUGGAAUCGCCCCCACCUUUUUCCCCUUUACUGUACUACUGCUGACAGGACAGGACAAAGCUUGUCUCCACAGGGCAAGACUGCCAGCAUGCCCUGGACUGAAAGCACCAGUGGCAUCUACCUGCUGCGUCCACGCAACUCCAGCUGUCUGUUCCAGGCAUGGUGUAACCAGAGCCACGCUCAGGGAGGCUGGGCCAUCAUCCACAGAAGACUGGAUGGCUCUGUCAACUUCAUCAGGAACUGAGAUCGGAAGGUUGGCUCAGCUCACCUUCUUUCUAUCCACAGAAGUUUAUUCCAACCAUUAGUUAAUGGAGAUAUGCAAUAAAUUAAUCUAUAGAGUCCUAGAAUGCAAGUGCAUGCAGGUCUACCAUGUUUGGGGACCUAACUGACUGUUUCCAUGCAGCUAACACAUUACAUAUUUAAGAACAAAUAACUAUCACAACAUCAAUGCUACUCUUAUGACAGGUUUUAAAUGUGAUUUUAUUUCCACCACACAUGCUUAAAAUUUGUAAAGCCAUUUAGUCAUUUCCUGAUGAACACCUGCUUCAAUAGAGAGAUUUUUGUGCGAAGGAGCUGUACCACAACUUUGCUUAAAGUUGAAUAGAGAAAUAGAAACAGUGCAGAAUCUUAAAUAUUUCUUCUUCAUUUUACUCCUCAUGACUUUUCUUUGUUUUUCAAAAUUCUAUCCUUAUUGCACCUCCUUCAUAAUGCUGUACAUAUUCAUCACUGGGUCUGUAUAUACCAUCUCACUGUACUGUAGAAGUGCCAUAAACAAACUGACAAAGAUUACUUCUUGUAUUGCUGUGCAUUUUAGUUUCACUCUGUCAAUGUGGUUAUGGUUUGGCACACUGUCUCAAUUUGCUGAUGUCUCAAUUUGCUCAGUUCUUUCUGACCACAUAUAGUAUACGUUAGGACAUUAUAAAAUGGACUGUAAGUUCAUUGAGUACAUGAGUACAUACUGUGUAUCAUAGAAUACUGAAAGUUUUCUUAGGGUUUGUUAUGUUAUAUAUUGUCUAUAUUAUACAUACUUUGGACCUACUUGAGAGAUAAAGCAUACUUAUCAGUGAAAUAAAUAUAGAUUUUCUAGAACCUACUAUUCUCUCUAAGUAUGCAUAGAUAUGCUAGUAUAUCAAAAGUAAACUGUAAAUGUGCUUGGCAGUUUACUUCUUUCUAAGUGUACAUUAGUAUAUGUGGAUGAGCUUGUAUUUUAUUUGAAAUAAUAUUUUUUUUACGGCGUUGCUGUUGUUUUGGUUGUUAUAGUGACUGUAGGUUGUAUGUGACUCACUGUUUGUCGAGGUUGCUUGCAAACAGUGCAGCCUGUGAUACUGAAAAACCAUGGUUUGAGGUUGCGUGCAUUGCGUCAAUGUGAUCUUCUCUGAGCCUGUUUUAUGUAGGCUAAUGCUAGAAAAUGAAACUGAUAAAUGUGUGAAAACACUUUGCUGCAACAUAGCACCCUACUACACCCUAAAUACAUUUUUAGGCAAGCAGUUUCAACCCUUAGAGUGAAUUACACAAUGUGUAGCAGAGGUACUUUCCUUUUCUGACUCACUCUUCAGGAGUUUAGGAUUUUUGGUUACUUGGUAACAUCACAAGCUGAAUGAUUUGUGUCUUAUUAACUCCAAGAGGGAGAGGAAAGAGAGGCUGAUAAGGGAACUAAUCUUUAUAAUAGGAACUAACUUGUUUCUAACUAAAUGGAUGAAAAGUUUGACGUUCUGUUCUUUAAUGAAUUAAAUAUUUUUUAGUGAGUGGUGUAUGGAAUAAAACAUGUCAGGAAAUGCUGUUAUUAGAAAAUAAUCAGCUUUGGGGUAAUAACAGUAACUUUUCUUUGUGUUCGGUCCACAUCACAUCACAUUAGUCAUUGAUUAUUUUCCAUUACAGCACACCCCAAAAUGUUACAUGCCUUACUUAAUUAAUGGCUUCUGUUGAAAUGGUAAAUGGUAAACUUUUAACAAAUGGAGGAUAAUUUACAACACAGCAUAUUUGAAUCAAAAUGUACCUGGGAAAUCUCUGUUUGUGCCAAUAAUCUCAAACCAGUGUGUGUAUAUGUCAGGGCAUCGGGGAUGGGUUAGAGCAUGGCUCUGAACCUCUUUAUGCACUCAUAAUUAAUCCAUCCAUGAUAGUCUCAAAGACUAAAUUGGCUCUGAGGUUUUCUAUUUACUCUUGUGUUCUCUCUUACUCGUUUAACAACUCUGAAGGUAAUUUAUGAUAUCAUGUUUAAAUUUCAUAAAAAUGUGAAAUUUCUGCUUUUUACAAUCUGGAUGGUGAGUAUUGCAUGGGUUCUGGAGAAUCUCUGCUAGCUGACCUCACAGGCUUCCUACAAGCUCCGAGUGCACAUGGAGGACUGGCAGGGCUAGCAGGCAUUCGGAGGAUACGACAGCUUCCACAUAGUGCCUGAGAGAGACUAGGAUCCGACCAGGGCACCGCUGGCGACUUGCUCUCCUGGCAAAGCUUUCACCACACUUGACCUUGAGACAGGAGAACUGUUUCACUUCUGCCACAUCUGGAGUCACUGCUGGAUACAUACACUUUUUAAUCAUCAUCGUCAUCAUCAUCACUUUUGUCACCUGUGGGUCUUCUGGUAAAAUCGGGCCAUGCUGUACCUUACACAGCUAACCAGCCUGGUCCUUAUUGCACUCAUAUAUUGCGAAGUGGGUGGAGGUUGCCCUCCUGAUCUCAGUGGCCUUGAGCUGGACCCUCCUGAGCUAGUGGUACAAUAUGGAGAUUCUGUCUCAGUGAGUUGCAGGUCCUCUAUCUACAAAGGUCUGGGCUGGAGUCCUCCAUUGGAAAAUGUGUACGGAACUAAUGAUCAGAACGUCACCUGGGAAACAGACAAUCUGACUGACUGGGAAAUACAGCCUGUGUGCUACAUGACCCUGGAUGAUCUACAAUGCAACAAAACUCUCCCACUUAUCAUUUACAAGCUUCCAGACCGGGUGUCCAUCAGCACUGUGAAUCACACAGGGCCAAUGAUUGAAGGCAGGCAGUAUGAGCUCCAGUGUGACAUUCAGAAUAUUGCUCCUAUUCAUUUCCUCACCGUGAACUGGUACAAAGGACGCGAUCUAGUGAGCAACAUAAGCUUUACUGACUUUUCCACCAAGAUUCCAGUGAAUCAGUCCACCAGACUCCAGAUCUUCCCCAGCAGAAAUGAUGAUGGAGUUCAGUACAGAUGUGAGGCAAAGCUGAAUCUGGGACCAGAAGAACCUCUGCCUCCACCUAUAGUGACAUCAGAUCCUCUCAACAUUACCCUAUCCACACAAUCCAGCGAUUGCCGUGACCUUGAGCUGGACCCUCCUGAGCUGGCGGUACAAUAUGGAGAUCCUGUCUCAGUGGGCUGCCGUUCCCUCUCCAACGACACUGAUCUGAGCUGGAAGGUUCCACUGGGAAAUGUGUCGGGUCCUGAUAAUCAGACCAUCACCUGGAAAACAGACAAUCUGACUGACUGGGAAAUACAGCCUGUGUGCUACAUGACCCUGGAUGAACAAUGCAAAAAAAAUCUCCCGCUGAUCAUUUACAAGCUUCCAGAUCAGGUGACUAUCAGCAUCCCGAAUCACACAGGGCCGAUGAUUGAAGGCAAAAAGUAUGAUCUCCAGUGUGACAUUCAGAAUUUCGCUCCUGUAAACGUCCUCGCUGUUGCCUGGUACAACAGGGACCACUUAUUGAAAAACAGAGGAUUCUCAGAAUUGCCCACCAAAACUCCUAGUAAUAAGACUGUUGCACUGAGGAUCACCGCCAGCAGAGACGAACAAGAAGCUCAGUACAGGUGUGAAGCAAAGCUGAAACUGGGACCAAAUGGACCUCAGCCUCCUCCUAUAGUGAAAUCAAAUCUUCUCAGCAUUGCAGUUCACUACAAACCUGUAAUAGCUUGUUCAGAUUGGUCUCCUAUGAUAAAUACCCCCUUGAACUCUUAUCCUUAUAAUGUUACGGGAAACCCAUCUCCAAAUAUCACCUGGUAUCGAGACAACUCACCAGUCAGCUCUAGUACGCUUCUCAGCAGGAGUGACUCGGGCCAGUAUAAAUACAUUGCCUCUAAUGUAAUGGGAAGUACACCCUGUGUCCCAAAGAUCACAGUGGAGUAUGCUCCUACAUUUAAGUGUCCUGCAAGUUAUGAGGGAAGAGAGCAUGACUCCUUCUUAGAUAAAUGUUUAGUUAUGGCUUCUCCUGUAGCAAACAUCACAUGGGAAAAAGCUGGAAAAACGGUGAACCCUCUACAAACUCUCACAAGGGGAGAUAGCGGCUCAUAUGUGAUAACAGCCGUGAAUAAGCAUGGCAUUGAACGACACAAUUUGACCAUUAAUGUUCUGUAUGGCCCAGAAAUUGGGCCAGACAAUUCAACAGAAGUAGUGAAGGAAGGCGGAGACGUGUCUCUGAGCUGCACUGCUGAGGGAAAUCCAGAGCCUGAAGUGACAUGGAGCUUUCAAAGUAAAACUCGGGUCACUGGGAGGCGGCAAACAACACUGACAAUUUCUGAAGCCUCGCUUGAUGAUGAUGGUGUAUAUACGUGCACUGCUACGAAUGACCUCGGGAGUGACACAAGGACAGUCUCACUGAGGGUAGAAGGUGAUUGUCCCAUUAAACUUCAGCCUGUUAAGUUAGCUGUGGAGUUUGGUGCUUCAGCCUCAGCUAACUGUUCCACAACCAUCAACCAUCAUGGCAUGGGCUGGGAGGCAUCGGAGGGAGGAGUAGACAUGGUGAACGAUGUCCAGUUCAUCACCUGGAGGGUAGAGAGCCUCACACACUGGGACAUAAAACCAUUUUGCUACAUCAACGCAAACGAGCAGUGCGAACUCACUCUCCAAGUUACUGUUUACAAGCGUCCAGACCGGGUUUCCAUCAGCACUGUGGGUCACACAGGGCCGAUGAUUGAAGGCGGCCAGUACGAGCUCCAGUGUGAUGUUCAGAAUGUUGCUCCUGUUCAUCUCCUCACUGUGAACUGGUACAAAGGACAAAGUCUAGUGAAAAGUGUAGAAUCUGAUCACAAUUCCUCUAUAACCCCAGUAAACUAUUCUAAAACACUCUGGAUCUCCACAAGCAAAGAUGAUGAUGGAGUUCAGUACAGAUGUGAGGCAGAACUGAAACUGGGACCAGAAGGACCUCGACCUCGUCCUAUAGUGACAUCAGAUCCUCUCAACAUUACAGUGCACUACAAACCUGUAAUAGCUUGUUCAGAUUGGACUCCUAUGAUAAAUACCCCUUUGAACUCUUAUCCUUAUAAUGUUACGGGAAACCCAUCUCCAAAUAUCACCUGGUAUCGAGACAACUCAUCAGUCAGCUCUAGUACGCUUCUCAGCAGGAGUGACUCGGGCCAGUAUAAAUACAUUGCCUCUAAUGUAAUGGGAAGUUCAUUCUGUGUCCCAAAGAUCACAGUGGAGUAUGCUCCUACAUUUAAGUGUCCUGCAAGUUAUGAGGGAAGAGAGCAUGACUCCUUCGUAGAUAAAUGUUCAGUUAUGGCUUCUCCUCUAGCAAACAUCACAUGGGAAAAAGCUGGAAAAACGGUGAACCCUCUACAAACUCUCACAAGGGGAGAUAGCGGCUCAUAUGUGAUAACAGCCGUGAAUAAGCAUGGCAUUGAACGACGCAGUCUGACCAUUAAUGUUCUGUAUGGCCCAGAAAUUGGGCCAGACAAUUCAACAGAAGUAGUGAAGGAAGGUGGAGCCGUGUCUCUGAGCUGCACUGCUGAGGGAAAUCCAGAGCCUGAAGUGACAUGGAGCUUUCAAAGUAAAACUCGGGUCACUGGGAGGCGGCAAACAACACUGACAAUUUCUGAAGCCUCGCUUGAUGAUGAUGGUGUAUAUACGUGCACUGCUACGAAUGACCUCGGGAGUGACACAAGGACAGUCUCACUGAGGGUAGAAGGUGAUUGUCCCAUUAAACUUCAGCCUGUUAAGUUAGCUGUGGAGUUUGGUGCUUCAGCCUCAGCUAACUGUUCCACAACCAUCAAUCACAAUGGCAUGGGCUGGGAGGCAUCGGAGGGAGCAGUAGACAUGGUGGACGAUGUCCAGUUCAUCACCUGGAGGGUAGAGAGCCUCACACACUGGGACAUAGAACCACUUUGCUACAUCAACACAAACAAGCAGUGCGAACUCAGUCUCCCAGUUACUGUUUACAAGCGUCCAGACCAGGUUUCCAUCAGCACUGUGGGUCACACAGGACCGAUGAUUGAAGGCGGCCAGUACGAGCUCCAGUGUGAUGUUCAGAAUGUUGCUCCUGUUCAUCUCCUCACUGUGAACUGGUACAAAGGACAACAUCUAGUGAAAAGUGUAGAAUCUGAUCACAAUUCCUCUAUAACCCCAGUAAACUAUUCUAAAACACUCUGGAUCUCCACAAGCAAAGAUGAUGAUGGAGUUCAGUACAGAUGUGAGGCAGAACUGAAACUGGGACCAGAAGGACCUCGACCUCGUCCUAUAGUGACAUCAGAUCCUCUCAACAUUACAGUGCACUACAAACCUGUAAUAGCUUGUUCAGAUUGGACUCCUAUGAUAAAUACCCCUUUGAACUCUUAUCCUUAUAAUGUUACGGGAAACCCAUCUCCAAAUAUCACCUGGUAUCGAGACAACUCACCAGUCAGCUCUAGUACGCUUCUCAGCAGGAGUGACUCGGGCCAGUAUAAAUACAUUGCCUCUAAUGUAAUGGGAAGUUCAUUCUGUGUCCCAAAGAUCACAGUGGAGUAUGCUCCUACAUUUAAGUGUCCUGCAAGUUAUAAGGGAAGAGAGCAUGACUCCUUCGUAGAUAAAUGUUCAGUUAUGGCUUCUCCUCUAGCAAACAUCACAUGGGAAAAAGCUGGAAAAACGGUGAACCCUCUACAAACUCUCACAAGGGGAGAUAGCGGCUCAUAUGUGAUAACAGCCGUGAAUAAGCAUGGCAUUGAACGACACAGUCUGACCAUUAAUGUUCUGUAUGGUCCAGAAAUUCAGCAUGUCGAGCCCUCAGUAGUGGUGAAGGUAGGCAACGACAUUUCUCUGCACUGCACUGCAGAAGGGAAUCCAGAGCCUGAAGUGAGGUGGAGCUUUCAAAAUCACAAUAAGGCCAAUGGGAGCAGGCAGGCAAUGCUAAAAAUUUCUAAAGCCAUGUCUGCUAAUGCUGGUGUAUAUACGUGCACUGCUAGGAAUGACCACGGGAGUGACAUAAGGACAGUCUCACUGACUGUAGAAGAAAGCAACUUUCGAACAGCAAUAAUUUGGUCCCUGCUUUUAUUAUUAAUUUUAUUAAUUAUUAUGUUUGGAAUUAGGAUGUAUGUCAAACACAGACGAUCUGGAAGGUACAACAUACAGGCUAAUGGUGCAGUCCAUAUGUCACUAUUGAACCAGAAUGAUGGACAAGGUAUGACAACAAAAACAGAACAUGGGUAAAGGUACCUCUGUGUGAUUUUACAAUUGGAUAAGCAUUUGUGCUUCAUACCCAAGGACUGUGGAGAAUAGUUUCUUUGAGCUCAGCAGGUAUCAAAAAAAAAAAAAAAAAAAAAAAAAAAUCUUUAAGUGUAUAGUAUAUGUAUAUAAAAAUCAGUGUGACUUCAUUGUUCUAUGCACUUUGGCACAAAUCUGGAUAUACACUCAACAAAUGAUGAACCUCAUUCAAACUGUCUUUUUCUGUGUAAUUUUUUUAAACUUUGCAAAUCGUUUGAUGUAUAUUUAAGAUAGCUUUUUUAAUUUACUGCUCACAUUAUAUCUGUUUGGUGUGACAGGGCCAAUAUAUAAAUGUUUUUGGUUGUCUUUCAUGCCGCAUUUUUACGUAUUUAAAAGCAGUAUCUCAGAAACAAAAGAAAUGGCAUGGACAGAUAUAUAAUAGUAAAUUUGCCUGAGUUAAGACUAGCCCACCUACAAACCAUCAAAUGACAGCCUUUUGUAUAGACGUUGUGUGAAAUUUAAAUGUAUUUUGUAAUGAUAUGGGUUGUGAAUAAAUUGGUCCUGCUUUAGAAA